AUGGCGGCGGCGGCGGCGGCGGCGCUGGCGCUGGCGGCGGCGGCGGCCGAGGGCCCCAACGCGAGCGGCGCCGGCGCCGGCGCCAACGCCUCGGGGGCCGCCUGGGGGCCGCCGCCGCCGCCGGGCCAGUACUCGGCGGGCGCCGUGGCGGGGCUGGCCGCCUUGGUGGGCUUCCUCAUCGUCUUCACCGUGGUGGGCAACGUGCUGGUGGUGAUCGCCGUGCUGACCAGUCGCGCGCUGCGCGCGCCGCAGAACCUCUUCCUGGUGUCGCUGGCCUCGGCCGACAUCCUGGUGGCCACGCUGGUCAUGCCCUUCUCGCUGGCCAAGGAGCUCAUGGCCUACUGGUACUUCGGGCGGGUGUGGUGCGGCGUCUACCUGGCGCUGGACGUCCUCUUCUGCACCGCGUCCAUCGGGCACCUGUGCGCCAUCAGCCUGGACCGCUACUGGUCGGUGACGCGCGCCGUCGAGUACAACCUGAAGCGCACGCCGCGCCGCGUCAAGGCCACCAUCGUGGCCGUGUGGCUGCUGUCGGCGCUCAUCUCCUUCCCGCCGCUGGUCUCCUUCUACCGCCAGCCCUACGGCGCCGCCUACCCGCAGUGCGGCCUCAACGACGACACCUGGUACAUCCUCUCCUCCUGCAUCGGCUCCUUCUUCGCGCCCUGCCUGGUCAUGGGCCUGGUCUACGCGCGCAUCUACCGCGUGGCCAAGCUGCGCACGCGCUCGCUCAGCGAGAAGCGCGCGCCCGCGGGCCCCGACGGCGCGGCCCCGGCCGCGGAGAACGGCCACUGCGCGCCCGCGCGCGCCGACGUGGAGCCGGACGAGAGCAGCGCGGCGGCCGAGCGGCGGCAGCAGCGGCGCAGGCGGCGCCGGGGCGCGGUGCGGCGGGGGCGCGCGGGGGCGCCCGCGCCCGAGGCGGCGGCCGGGGCGGAGGCCGAGGCGGAGGCGGGCGCGCUGGCGGCCGCCAGGUCCCCGGGCGCCGGCGGCGGGCGCCUGUCGCGCUCCAGCGCGCGCUCCGUCGAGUCGUUCCUGUCGCGCCGGCGCCGCGCGCGCAGCAGCGUGUGCCGCCGCAAGGUGGCCCAGGCGCGCGAGAAGCGCUUCACCGUGGUGCUGGCCGUGGUCAUGGGCGUGUUCGUGCUCUGCUGGUUCCCCUUCUUCUUCAGCUACAGCCUCUACGGCAUCUGCCGCGAGGCCUGCCAGCUGCCCGACCCGCUCUUCAAGUUCUUCUUCUGGAUCGGCUACUGCAACAGCUCGCUCAACCCGGUCAUCUACACCGUGUUCAACCAGGACUUCCGGCGCUCCUUCAAGCACAUCCUGUUCCGCCGGCGGCGACGGGGCUUCAGGCAGUGA